AUGGCUGAUAAGCUUGGAAUCCAUGAUCCUAGAGUAACAUGGCACACAGCAACAGUUCGACACAAAUCCUACCAUUACAUGAGGGCUGACCCGGAGAAUGAGCCACUGGCGACAAUUUUCCUUCUGCAUGGGUUUCCUGAUUUAGCUUUUGGCUGGCGGUAUCAGAUUCCUUGUUUGCAAUCUCAAGGAUAUCAGGUCAUCGCACCAGACAUGCUAGACUUUGGUAGAACCAACGUAUCUUGCCAGCUCAGCUUGUACGGUUUAAGAAACAUUGCUGAGGAUGUCAGAGACCUGGCAGACCUUGUCGCCAAAGACAAAAAGAUCAUCCUCGGUGGACACGACUGGGGCGCCGCGGUGGUUUGGCGUACAGCUCUGUGGUUUCCGGACCUGGUUCAGGGUAUUUUCAGCGUCGGCACACCGUUCAUCCCGCCUUCACAAAUCUAUCGUUCGCUGGAUGACGUCGCGCAGAGUGAGGAUAUGAAGAACUUGAGAUACCAACUGCAAUUUCGGGGCACGCAGAUCGACGAAGAGAUAACAGAAGAAACAAAGGUCCGACAGUUUCUGAAUGCCAUGUUUGGCGGGACGGGCCCUCAUGACGAAGUCGGCUUCGAUGCAUCGACGGGAAUCAUAUUCCAUAAUUUAUCCAAACUGAACCGAUCCCAUCUGUUGUCUGAUGCCGAGCUGGAGUAUUAUGUCUCUCGUUAUUUCCAGAAUGGAAAAUCUAAAGUGGAAGGGCCCCUUCGCUGGUAUCGAACACAGGCACAAAAUUAUCUCGAUGAGUUACGACUCUUACUGAAGCCCGUCAAAUUCUCAAUGCCAGCGCUAUUUCUGGCUGCCACUCAUGACGAAACUUUGCCGACGAACCUGACCGAGGAAAUGGAUCGAUACUUCGAGAGCUUGACGUGUAAGGAGAUAGAUGGGUCUCGCUGGAUAUUAUGGGAAUCGCCUGCUGUUGUCAACGAACAGAUACUAACGUGGCUGAAGAUGAUGGUGGUGUAG